ACAAUGGCUGGCAAAAGUGAGGGCUCGGCGAUCGGUAUCGACCUGGGGACAACGUACUCGUGCGUGGGGGUUUGGCAACAUGACAGGGUUGAGAUUAUUGCAAAUGACCAAGGGAACAGGACGACACCGUCCUAUGUUGCUUUCACUGAUAGUGAGCGUUUGAUUGGUGACGCUGCUAAGAACCAGGUUGCCAUGAACCCUACCAACACUGUCUUUGAUGCAAAGCGAUUGAUCGGGAGGAGGUUCAGUGACGCUUCAGUCCAAAGCGAUAUGAAGUUAUGGCCUUUCACAGUUACCCCUGGUGCGGGUGACAAGCCUAUGAUCACAGUCGCAUACAAAGGCGAAGACAAGAUGUUUGCAGCUGAGGAAAUCUCAUCUAUGGUCCUCAUGAAGAUGAAAGAGACUGCCGAGGCCUAUCUAGGUUCCAGCGUCAAGAACGGCGUCGUCACCGUCCCUGCAUACUUCAACGACUCCCAGCGUCAAGCCACCAAGGAUGCCGGUGUCAUUGCUGGCCUCAACGUCAUGCGAAUCAUCAACGAACCCACCGCGGCCGCCAUCGCUUACGGCCUCGACAAGAAGGCUAGCAGUGUUGGUGAGAAGAACGUGCUGAUCUUCGACCUCGGUGGCGGCACAUUCGACGUCUCCCUUUUAACGAUCGAAGAGGGUAUCUUCGAAGUGAAAGCCACCGCUGGCGAUACACACCUCGGAGGCGAAGAUUUCGACAAUAGGAUGGUGAACCAUUUCGUGCAAGAAUUCAAGAGGAAAAACAAGAAAGACAUAAGUGGUAAUCCUAGGGCCUUGAGGAGAUUGAGAACUUCAUGCGAAAGAGCAAAGAGGACGCUUUCGUCCACCGCACAAACCACCAUCGAGAUCGAUUCAUUGUAUGAAGGUAUCGACUUCUACUCGACCAUCACUCGAGCUCGGUUCGAGGAGCUCAACAUGGACCUAUUCAGAAAAUGCAUGGAGCCAGUUGAGAAAUGUUUGAGGGAUGCUAAAAUGGAUAAGAGCACUGUGCAUGAUGUUGUCCUAGUUGGUGGGUCUACCAGGAUCCCGAAGGUUCAACAAUUAUUACAAGACUUCUUCAAUGGGAAAGAGCUCUGCAAGAGCAUUAACCCCGAUGAGGCCGUCGCAUACGGUGCGGCUGUACAAGCCGCAAUUUUGAGCGGUGAAGGCAAUGAAAAGGUCCAAGAUUUGCUACUUUUGGAUGUCACCCCACUCUCCCUUGGGUUAGAAACUGCUGGUGGAGUAAUGACUGUGCUUAUUCCAAGGAACACAACAAUUCCGACCAAAAAGGAACAAGUUUUCUCCACUUAUUCGGACAACCAACCCGGUGUUUUGAUUCAGGUUUACGAAGGUGAAAGAACAAGGACAAGGGACAAUAACUUGCUGGGUAAAUUCGAGCUUUCGGGCAUCCCGCCAGCUCCACGAGGUGUCCCACAGAUCACAGUCUGUUUCGACAUUGAUGCCAAUGGCAUCUUGAAUGUCUCUGCCGAGGACAAAACAACAGGGCAAAAGAACAAGAUCACAAUCACCAAUGAUAAGGGGAGGCUCUCCAAGGAAGAGAUAGAGAAGAUGGUGCAAGAAGCUGAGAAGUACAAAUCAGAGGAUGAGGAACACAAGAAGAAAGUGGAAGCCAAGAAUGCAUUGGAGAACUAUGCUUAUAACAUGAGGAACACCGUGAAGGACGAGAAGAUCGGUGCUAAGCUGAAUCCGGCCGAUAAGAAAAGGAUCGAGGAUGCAGUGGAGCAGACCAUCAAUUGGCUGGAUAGUAACCAGUUGGCCGAAGCUGAUGAGUUCGAGGAUAAGAUGAAGGAGCUUGAGAAUAUGUGUAACCCCAUAAUUGCCAAAAUGUACCAAGGUGCUGGUGGUGAGCCGGCUGCCGGAAAGGCCGGCGAAGCACCUCCAGCUGGUGGAAGUGGAGCUGGCCCCAAGAUUGAGGAGGUUGACUAAG